UGGUUAAUGCAUUAAAGUGUCUGUUUUUUACAUCAAGUCAUCAGUGGUCGAGAAACCAAGCAGGCCUCGAGUAACACGUGUUCAACAUAUGUACCCAAUCAGCGCUACCCACGAAGAAGGUACCAUAUUUAAAAUUUGUUGCACGGUAAACAACAUAAUACCCAAGAACGCAAACAACGUCACUGAACCAUAAAAGUUGCUACAUAAAUUUCUCAAAGAACUCACAGAAGGGUUAUCCAAUAUGAUUAUUCUCAGAAGAAGACAGAAGGGAAAAGGAAAGCUGAUAACUUUGUAAAAAUGGAGACACCAAAUCUUGCAGAUAUUACUGUCUUAAAACAAAGAAUACUUCGACAUAAGGAUAAGGCACAUGCUAAUACGAAUACUACAUCAACAUAUGUGACACGGUCAGGGAAAAUAUCACAACCAACGAAAAAGGAUCAGGCCUUACCGUUUUCUGAAAAUUAUACCCAUGCGACAUAUACUCACCAAGCCAUAUUUUUAAGCUCGUUUUUAAACUCUGUUUUAAAUCUUAUUUCUGGUUAUGCCAAUUUAACUUACCGAUCAAUUCAAGAUAAUGGUCGUGAACAAAUUGAAAUUACUAGAUGCAGACCAGAUAUAAAUGCUUCAGAUGGGACCCCAAUAAGCGCAGCCCGUGUAUUUGUGAAGGACGAUGGAUUAUGUCAAUUUUCUUUGAUUACUGGUUUUGUUGAAGAAUUACACAUAGACAUCUCUGACGAGUCUGCUUCAUCAGUAACACUAUUUUUAGAAAAAUUAAGUGAUAAUUACGUUUUCUGUUAUGGCUUACCAAAAACCCUACCUGAAGUAAAAUGUUACAAUCAGCCUUUUCAAUUUUCACAAGAUUACCCAUAUCCUCAUGUAAGAUCGAAACACUGCUUUUUGUGGUACAAAUAUACAAAAGGUAUCAGUAUUAGAGAACGACAAGGGCGUGAGAAUCCCAGGUGCUCAGCAUGUAAAAAAUAUCGAUGCAUUAUUGCAAGAAGUUGCCGUUUAAAACAGGAAAAACAAAAGACAGGAAAACUAGAUGGAAGUAAAAAGGAUAGGCAGGAUACAUCUGUAAAAAACAAUACACAUAGAUGUGUUAAUAUAAAUACUGCUUCUGACCCUACUGUUAAAAGGUGCAGAAGAAAAAAUAUAAGCAAAGCUAUUGCUCCGAAACAAAAGCGUAGCACAUCCCAAGCAGUAAAUGUUUACGUUAUUACGGAAAAAGAAUUAGACAACACUGAUGCAGAGACUGCAAAUGUUAAUCCAUAUAACUAUGAGUUUAGUGAAAAUACACAAGAAUGUAAAGAAGCUGCUCUAUUGGCUUUGAGUACCACUGUGUCUGCAUUAUAUGAUAAAAGUGAUGAUGUCAUUGAACUAACUGGUGGCAACUUCAACCAUCUUGUUAUCAACAGUGAUGAAGUGUGGCUAGUAGAAUUUUAUGCUCCUUGGUGUGGACAUUGUAAAAGUUUGGCACCAGAAUGGAAGAAAGCUGCAACAGCGUUAAAGGGUGUUGUGAAAGUAGGAGCUGUUGAUAUGGAUGUGCACGGAUCUGUAGGUGGACCCUACAAUGUUCGUGGCUUUCCAACUAUUAAAAUCUUUGGUGCCAAUAAACAAUCUCCCAAAGAUUAUAAUGCUGCUCGUUCUGCACAAGCAAUCGUGGAUGAAGCCCUAAGAACUGUCCAAUCAGUCGUCAAAGAUCGUCUUAGUGGCAGAGGUGGCUCUAGAUCUGGUGGAAGUGGUGGAAGCGGAAGUGGCAAUUCUGAUGAUGUUGUUCAACUGACUGAUUCUAACUUUGAAAAAGAAGUUCUCAACACAAAAGAUAUGGUUUUGGUUGAAUUUUAUGCACCAUGGUGCGGACAUUGUCAACGACUUGCUCCAGAAUGGGCUAAAGCUGCUACUGAAUUAAAGGGAAAAGUUAAGGUGGCAGCUCUUGAUGCUACGGCUCACACAGUGACUGGUAGUAGAUUUCAAAUACAGGGAUACCCAACACUGAAAUUCUUUCCAGCUGGCGCCAAGGAUUACUCGUCCGCUGAAGAAUAUGACGGUGGCCGAACUGCUAGCGAUAUUGUGGCGUGGGCGUUGGACCGCCACGCUGCUUCAAUUGAUCCGCCAGAGAUUAUGGAAUUAACAUCAAGUAAAGUACUUAAUGAGAAUUGCAACGAGAAGCCUCUUUGUGUGGUAUCGUUUUUACCUGAUAUCCUUGAUACUGGUGCCUCUGGUAGAAAUAACUACUUAAAUAUUUUGAAAGAACUUGGCGAGAAAUACAAGCGCAAACUGUGGGGUUGGGUAUGGACUGCACCUGGGCUUCAUCCCAGCUUAGAAUCUGCUCUUGGUGUUGGAGGCUUUGGAUAUCCAGCCAUGGCUGUUGUCAACGUCAGAAAGAAGGUAUACGUCAUUCUACGUGGAUCUUUCGGACGUGACGGUAUCGACGAGUUGUUGAAGUCAAUUGCAGUUGGACGUGGAAGAACGGAAAAGUUAACAAAGGAUUUACCAACACUGUCUGAUGUGCCAGCUUGGGAUGGUAAAGAUGGUGAGAUGCCGGCCGAAGAGGACAUUGAUUUAAGCGAUGUCGAUCUUGACGACUUAGACGAGAAGAAAGUCGAGCUGUAAAAACGUCGCUAUAGGGAUUAUUCUAGUACCGCACUUUUAGUUUUACAAUUUUUAAGAAAUAAAGAUGGUGAGAACGUUUGUUUAACAAAUAAUUUGUAUUGUGAAUCUCCUUUACUUUUUCUAACGAAUACAAAACUCUAAUAUA